AUGCCAAGAUGUUCUUAUCAUAACCUUUCGAAAGUGGAGUUACAAUUAAUAUCUCAAAUUCAAUUUCUUAGUUUGAGUUUAUUGAAAAAGGGAAGGGACUUUACAAGGUUGGAAAAUACUCGAGAGUUGGGAUUUAAGUUGAGGAAAUUUUAUAAUUUCCUUUUGGAACGUUGGGUUGCGAACCAUAACAACUGUCUCUAUCCCAGCAAUGAGCAGCUUUAUUUUUUACGCCGGUACACAGGACUUUCGUUGAUUCAAAUAAAAGACUGGUUUAGCAAUCGAAGGAGAUCAUUGAAAAAACAUCAAAUUUCUGAGCAUGUUCUCUCCGUACUACCAAGUACCUGA